AAAGAGAGAAAGAGCGAGAAAAACGCCAGUUUGGCCAGUGAGAGACGCAAAACGCAGUACAGACAGAAGAGAACAGUGAAAAUUCCAAAAACACGAGAAAGAGGGAGCGAGAAAGAACGAGAGAAUUGAACAUUAAACGUCUAGAUUAAUAUCUCUAUAUAUUGGUGUUGGACAGAUUCGAUAGAAGGCUUUGCCAUCGAGGCUACGUUUUCCUCACGAAGCACGUCGAUUGGAUAUCUCAUCGUCGUUUCAAAAUGUUGGUUAUUGCGGGUGAUGCCGUGCCGAUGUUGUGACGUUAAAACAAAUUUUUUCAUCCCUACGACGAUAAACUACGUGUGCAUGUGCACGUUUCCCACCAUUUUUCCACGGUUUAAAGUUGAAGCGAAAAAUUAAUCAUUCAGCUAUGAGUUCGAUAUCGAAUGUAGAAAAUCUUUCACCUCAAAUAAUACGACGAGUCGCUAAAGAAAUGAGCGAACUCUCUACGCAACCACCUGAAGGCAUUCGUGUUAUUUUAAACGAGGAAGAUGUCACUGAUAUCCAAGCUGUCAUAGAAGGACCUGCUGGUACGCCAUAUGCAGAUGGUUUCUUCCGAGUAAAACUCGCUCUAGGCAAAGACUUUCCUCAAGGUCCUCCAAAGGCAUUCUUCCUCACAAAAAUCUUCCACCCCAAUGUAGCCAAAAAUGGUGAAAUAUGUGUCAACACAUUGAAAAAAGAUUGGAAAUCUGACCUUGGAAUAAAACAUAUACUCCUGACUGUCAAGUGCCUACUCAUUGUCCCGAAUGCCGAAUCCGCGUUGAACGAGGAGGCGGGGAAAAUGCUGCUUGAGAGGUAUGACGAUUACUCAGCAAGAGCGAAGAUGAUGACUGAAAUUCAUGCACAGGGCGGUGGAAAAGGUAACAAAGUGAGUUUGGAUAGUUGCACAUCGAGUGAGGUUGGUGGUCCAUUACCGAAAAAGCACGCGGGAGACAAAAAGCUAACGGCAGAAAAGAAAAAAAUGUUGAAAGAAAAAAAGCGAACGUUGAAGCGAUUAUAAAGGCAAUCGUUCGAACGAGUAUUUUCCUUUGAUUAGAUGGUUUCUGUGCCGUUAUUCUUACUUUAUACGUCACUCUGUCCUCUCUCGUACCUCCAAAAGUUCUGGUGUGUUGGUGUGUGUGCGCGUGUGUCUGUUUGAGAGUCUGUGUUGGCAAGCACGUAAAUACUCAUUCGUUCUCAACUUUGUAUUAUUAUGGGUGUUGGAUUCAGCAAUUCCUCAAUAGUGAAAGGUAUUGCGAGAAAACAAAAAAAAAAAUGCAAAAAACAAAACGAGAUUUCAAUUGCGGACGACUGAGUUAUUCCCCUUGUAAGAUCGACCAAACAAAGCAAAAUCCAUUUCCGUUUGUUAUUACCAUCCUCUGGUCCUUUCUGUUUAAUAGUAUGUUAAUUAUCUUCUUUAUUAUUGUUACCUUAUUUCGACGGACGAACGGGAACUACCAAGCCCACACUAAACUCGUCACACUGGCAAAUCUAGCAGAUAUUUUUGCAUCCAUGUACAAAAUAAAUGUAAUGAUAAAAUUAGAUGAUUAUUUAGACAAAAUAAAUGCUUUCUCAUGAA